AUGAAGAUUCCAGGACUUGCUGUAUUCGUUCUCUCCUACCUCUCUACUACGGUCCUCGCCGAUGCCAACAAAGUCACCAUCCAACUUGCGAACGACCAGUCCGGCGCAAAUGCCAAUGUUGCUGUCCCCACCGAUGGCCAAAAGCGUUCCAUCAAGUCCCUCUGGGGCCAUACAGCCGUCGCAAAAGAUGGCGAUGUGUAUGCGUCCAGCGCACAGCUCGUCGCGUUCCAACAGGACACCGUGUGUGAGAUCUUCGGCGAUCAUCUUCACGCUGAAUUGAAUGCCCGACAAACUUGGGUGUCUCUGGCGGGCGGUAAAGUGAUCAACCUGGACCAUGCAUACGUGGUUUGUGAUGAUGUCUAA